UCUCAUUUCAAUGGUGACACUUCAGAGAAAUAUUAUGGCUGUUAUUUUGGUUACAAUAUUUGCGUUUUUGGUGAGUGAAACACUAGCUGGAUAUGUGUACCAAAAACCUACAAUACCGUUUAAUUUACCAAUAAAUACGCAAAAUAAUCAUGAUUCAACAGAAGAAUUUUUAUCUCAAUCGCAUGAGAAGGCCGUGUCAUAUUCAAUACCUAUAGAAGAAUAUAAUUAUGUAAAACAACACAAAGAAAAGCAACAAGCGUCAAUUCACAAUGGGGACCAUUCUUAUAACCUUGAAGAAUCUAAGGACCACAAUCUCAGAAACAAAGAAAAUUUAUUAUUAUUAGAGAAAAUAAUAAAACACUACGAUACUGGAUUUACAAACUUAGAAGAGACAGGAAUCGAACACGUUGAGAAUCUAAAUGGCAAUGCAAUAGCCGAAGAAGUACUACAGCAAACAGGAUCUCCUAAUAUCGUUUCUAUUAAUGAAGCACCAAUUGUUAAUGAAAUUCCUAAUACUAAUGAUAACCCUGUUCUGAUACAGAAUGUGAUUCCCCAAACUGAAAAUUACGUCCAACAUGAUGUGGUACAAAACAUUGUUGAACCAGUCAUCCAUAAGCAUAUUUAUUUCCACGUACCUCCUCCAGAUAUUGAAGAACCAGUAUUACAACGUCUGCCUGAACCAACAAAGAAGAUAUACAAGAUAAUAUUCAUAAAAGUGCCUACACAAGAAUCAUCAAAUAAUGCGAGAAUUCAACAAGCUAUUAAUAAUCAGGUCAAUCAGAACUCUGCUGUUUCGGAAAAGACUUUGAUAUAUGUUUUAGUGAAGAAACCAGAACCCGUGCAGAUUUUACCGCCGCCACCGCCCACUCCAUCUCAGCACGAAGUGUUAUUCGUGAAUUAUAGAGGGAAACAAAACAGUGCGCCUUUACCAAUUGCCAGUGAUUUGUUUCAAGGAAGUUCUGUGCUGAGCCAAACUGAAAAUUUACGACUUGGAUUGGUUAACGGCCAGUUAUAAGGUAGGGUAGAUAGAUUUAAGGUAUUUUAAUUUGCUUAAAAUACGAGUAGUCAUUUUAAUAUUUUAUUUUAUUUUGAAUCUUAUUAGUAGUAGAAUGGAACA